CUUUCCAAUGGAGGAGAGGAGGAGGAGAGGAGGAGGAGGCCGGAGAAAAAGAUGCUGUCAUCCGCUGCCUUACAUUGAAUGAACAUGGCCGUGGGCUUCUCUUUAAAAAUCUGGUAGUUUAGAUAGUUGUAAUUUUUACGUGAUUCGGGAUGAAGAUGGCGUCUAAGUGCACGGAGGAAACCGUGCAGGCGUUCCUGUUAGAGAAAGGAGGGAGGGUCCAACAGAUGGAGCUGAUCGAUCAUUUCGUGUCACUGCUCGGUUGUAAUGACCAGUCAAACGGAGGGGUGGACUGGAAGGUGCUGGGGCGCAUUGUCGACAGCGUGGGCUUCGUGGAGGUGGAGAACGGUGUUAAGUUCGUGUGUUUAAACCCCGAGUCGGUGAUGCGUUCAGAGGCAGACGGACACGCUGAGGCUGAGUGCAACGGCAACAUCCAGGAGACGCUGGACAACGAGCACGUGAACGGAAACCCCUUGAACACAGCAGGCCAAACAGGAGCACAGAGUCCACCACCGACCAGCUUGGACAACAAUGACAAACAUUCAAAUAAAAAUGAGCAACCUGAACCCUCAUCCCAGCCCAAGACGAGCACGGUGGCUUCUACUCCUGCAGGAGGAGGAGGAGAGGUGAGGCUGAGGGACAGAAGGAGGCGAGAGUCAGCCCCAGUUAUUGCAACACAAGAUCUGGAUCAACCCAGCUCUGCUGGAUCUCACAACCAGUCAGUGAGAGGAGCACGCAGGGUGUCUAAGGGGUCCCAGCGGGCUAUACUGACCAGCUGCCUCUCUGAAGACAGCGCACUGGAAGGACUGGAUGCUAUCGGGGAAAUAAACACGCCAAAAGGAAGUCGCAGGAAUUUCAUAGAACUGAUGAUGAGCAGUUCUCCUCAGGUUCGGAGGUCUCUGAUCAACCGUGGCCCACGUGUCCGAGACUCUGUGAGGAGCGACGGCGACUCUGCAUCCCUCCUCUCCUCAGCCACUGAUGAAGACUGCACCUCUGUAACCCUGGACCCGCUGGAGCACGAGUGGAUGCUGUGUGCCUCAGACGGCCUGUGGGAGAGUCUGCAGUCCCUGCUCACUGUCGAACCGAGUCUCGUGGCCAAAAGAGACUUUGUAACCGGUUUCACCUGCCUCCACUGGGCAGCGAAGCAGGGCAAAGCUGAGCUGCUCUCCCAGCUGCUGGCCUUUGCCAAGGAGAAUGCAGUAUCUGUGAAUGUAAACGUGAGAUCAGGUGCUGGGUACACACCGCUACACCUGGCUGCCAUGCAUGGACACACACAGGUGGUUCGUGUGCUGCUGUCAGACUGGGGAGCAGACCCUGAAGCUCGAGAUUACAGCGGCAGGCGGGCCAUCCAGUACCUGCCUCCACCACUGGCAGCUGACCUGGAGAAAGAGGGCGUGGUUUUAUCACCAGGGCACAGGUCAGAUGCUGAAAACAUGAGCAGCAGCAGCAAUGGAGGGUGGGGCUGGAAGCUGCCCAAAGUCCUCCAGGGCAACCUGAAUCCACUGCGACUUCUGAACUCCCCAUCAGAGGACUCAAAGGGGACGGAGAAGACCAAGGGGGGCUUGCAGAGGAAGUCAUCCCUGAGCCGGCUGAACGCACGGCUGCAUCGCGGGCGCCACCGAGCCCAGAUCAUUCACAGCGCCUCCUUCAGGGACACGGGGGAGGUGGGAAGGGGGGAGGAACUCCCCAGGAGUCCUCUCCGAACUCGGCCACUGUCCAACCUGUUCGGAUGAAGUUACACCAGCUGUGUAGAGAUGUCAGCCAGACACGGUUACCUUUUAUGAUCUGACACGUCAGAUUUUCAUGAAGAAAUCGAUCAAUGCAAAUAUUAGAAAACCGAGAUGACAGAAAUAUUUUAUAUUGUAGAAGUUUUCAAGAAGUAUAAGGUGGUUUUUUGUUUUUUUUCCCUAAAGUAUUUUUAUUUUGUUCCUAAUGCAGUCGUUAUUUUUUGUUUCUCACAAAGAGGGCACGGUUCAUGUAGCAUUUUAUUUCCAGUAACGAUACAUUCACGAAAAAACAUCUUUUUUUAAUUUAUUUUUAUUUAUUUAGUUAAUUUUUCCUGAUGGAUCAGGAGUCACUUAAAACAUUCCAUUAGACAUUUUGUAGUGGAAAGAUGUUCACCUGCUGAAGCACCAGCAUGCAACAACGAAGGA